AUUGACUUUCGGAUGUAAACAAUAACAAUGGCUUCUUCCACCAUGCUUAGGAUACCUUUGAGACGAUUAUUCACGAUAAGGAGGUAUUGCACCACCGUUGCCAGUCCAGGAACGUCUUCUGGUGUAAGUGAAAACCCCGCGGAAACUCAGAAUGAGAAAUUAGGAGGAUUUGCCAAAGCGUUUGAGAGGUACACAAAGGAAUCACCCGGCGAGGACUCUGAGGCCGAUUCUGCGCCCAAGGCAUUUGUGUCACUCUUGAGGAAUUGCAAACUUAUGCAGCUUGGUGAUCCUCAAGGGAAGAUUGUAGAGGGAACAAUAUUCCACGUUGUUGAAAAUGAUCUUUAUAUUGAUUUUGGAGGCAAAUUCCACUGUGUUUGCCCCCGACCGCAAAGGAAUGGAGAAGACUUUGUGAGAGGAGCAAGAGUAAGACUUCGGCUGCAGGACUUGGAGCUCUCUACACGAUUCUUAGGGUCAUCAAGAGAUUUAACACUGUUAGAGGCAGAUGCUAUUUUACUUGGUCUUAUUAGAUCACCAAGAAAUGUAAAAACUUAGGCAGCUAUUUAAUUGUUAUAACUUUUUUUCAAAUAACAAAAAUAGUAUGGAAUGAUGUAUAUGAAUUGUUUAUAUAAUGGAAAAACUUGUUAUUUUAGGGAUUUUUUUUCAUUUUUUUUUAUUGAAGUGAUAAUGUAAAAAAAUGUGAAUAAAUAUGUAUAUAUUAAA